UGAUUUAAAGUAUAAAUCAUAUACAUGGCUUCACAACGGCAGCAAUUGCGCCUACAACACAAUAUUAAAAGAGUUAUUGACCUAAGUGACAAAAAUACUCAAGUACUAUCAUGGUCAAGAAUUGUUCAAGUCCAAGUUUAUUUGGAUAGCGCUUUUUACAGAAGGCCAAAUGUCAAAAAGACGCUUUACAUAGUAACAUAAGGGGAACAGAUUAACAGAUUAAAACGCCUAUUUUAUUCAGUUGAGGUUUUAAACAUGUUUUAUUGUUAAGACGACAAGGUUGUUCAUCCUGCUCAUCACAGGAGAAUUUGGUACUGGUGGUCUUGGAGACGAGCUUUUCAAACAAUCAGAGAGCACGACAUUCAGAAGUGAACACCCAUGGGACUCCUUUAGAAACUACAUGCUUUACCGAAAAACUCAUUUCUGUUAUUGCAUGUAUUGUGGCGACUGUUGUGUUAGCCAUGAGGGACUUGUGUUUGCCCCUGACCGAAGCACCUGACCAGUAUUAAUUAUUGGCUACACCUGAUAUAAGGCUCUUGUGUUGAAACAGGUGAAUUGUGAGCGGUUAAAGUGCAGACCUCUACAGAGAUAACCAGGACGCCGUAAAAAUGGCUGCUCCGCAACUCCGCGACACUGACAGCGACAGUGACGAAGAGGAGGAUAGUGACAGCGAUGAAGAAAGGAGGAGACGGAGGAAAAGGAGGAUGAUGAUGGACAUUUCAGAGACGGAAGAGGUGGACUCCCGACGGCUCCGGGGGCAAUUAGGGGCGGGGCCGUUCAGCUUAGAUGGUGAGGUGGGCUGGGUGUCCGCGAGACGGAGCUUCCGCACUCCACACUCCUCUGGAAGCGAGUCCAGAUCGGCUUUGGGCGCGAGCGCCGGGGCAGGUAUCGCAGGAGUCGGAAGAGUUUCUGCUUCCGCCGGCGUUUAUUCGUCGACCAGAAUGAGGUCGGAUCGCGGGAGAACGAGCGUGGAGUACAACGUCGGAGCGAAUGUAGGGAUGACAGUUGGAGAUGUGCCAAUUGGUGUGGGAGCUAAUGUGGGUCUAAGAGUAGGAAAUGGGGAAGUGGGUGUUGGAGCAAAGGUUGGGAUGAGAGCUGGAGGUCUGGAUGUCAGUGCUAACGCAGGUCUAAGUGUGGGAAAUGGAGAGGCCAAGGCCAGCGUAGGAAUGGAUGUAGCCGGAGUGGGGAUCGGAGUGCGGGCCGGUAUCGGAACCAAAGGGGUAGAUUUUGGGGUCGAUAUAUCGUUGCCUACGCCGGUAGGAGGUAUUGGUGUUGGUGGACCACUAUGGGGGGGUUUACGUUAACAUUUCAUCAGACAACACACAUUGGAGGCUGGAUAUCUAUCUAACGGUGGAUAUCUAUGCUCAAUUACUUAAAUCCUUAAACUGCACAAUUAUACUCAAAUAUGAUUUUAUAAAUGUUACAUUUAAAUUGUUGAAUAAAAAAAGCAGUUAAAAUGUGUUAGCCUAAAUAGGGCAGGGGUGGUCAGUUCCGGUUCAGGUUUGCGUUUCCACCAGUUGCCUCGGCUAAAUGAGCUAAGUGGCUGCAACAACAACACCGGAUCACUCGUAGAUCAGAUCACAGUAAAGCCGUAUCAUACAUGGACACAACAGUCUUCAGCUGUCAAGUCAUGCGCUCGCCAUGAACCCUCCCUAAAAUGGCAGCUGGUGUAAAAAAAAAAAAAAAAAACCGUUCGCUUCAGAAGGUAGCGUGAAAACCAGAAACCGAUACGGCCCUCGUCGCUCACCUGGGGAUCUAGGCGGAAGUGUACAUUUUGUACAUUCUGACGUAAAAUGAGAUGCACGCAAAACCACCGAGAACGCUCGGAGGAGGAGGAAGUAGGAAGUUGGAACUGAAUUUCAUUUCCCUCAGGCCUCGCGCCUGUUCCCGUAAGAGGGCGGGUUGAACUAUUUGGUAAAUAUUAUGGUCCGGGGCCUGGUAAUAAUAUCAUAAUAUACGUUCCCCCAGCAGUCUUGAGAGGGGGUGGAGAUGGGGAUGGGAAUGGGAAUAUGAGGAUUACGUAUAUGUUUUUGUGGAUUUGUAUUAUGCAAAUGUCUUUGUCUAACCAAUAAAUAAAAAUUGGCCACAAAAAA